AUGGAGAGCCCCGAGCUCCCAGAGGCCGACUUGGUCCGCGACCUCCCAGACCUCCCUGCCAUCCCCACAACGCCCAGAAGGAGCGCGAGUGCUACACAUGGCGAGUCCAUAAAGGCUCCCAUCACGCCGAUGCGAAGUGUCUCGGCAAGAGUUCCCGCCAAAGAGCCGAGCAUGACACCGCGGCUGAAGAAGAAGGUUCCGUGGAAGGGCAAGAAUAUCAUGGUUCUGCUUCCCAAAGACGAUGAGCGCGGACGCCCCGGACAAGCGCCCAAGCCCCUGAACCAGACCGAGAUUGAAGGCAUGUUCAAAUCGUGGCAGGAGCUUGGCUACGACAUCAGCGGCUUCGACCUGGACGUGGCAGAAGGUACAUACCAGGCUCCCACGGGGUACUCCCAGAGCCGAAACGCCUGGCCCGACUUCGACGAAGUUGCUAGGGAGCGUGCGGAACACACCUACAAGGUCACAUUGCCUGACUUGAACGCCUGGAAAAAUUACGUCAAUGAACUCAACGAAGCCAAAUUGCGAGCUCUCGGAGUGUCGUUUGGCGACGACGACCCCCCAGCACCGUCGAUAUCGCCCGCGGCAUCGCAGCCUAGCCGACAGGCGUCGGCGCAAUAUCCGCCUCUGCCUUUCUCUCCGCCCAUGCCUACGUCCUCGGCCUCGAGCAACCAUGUUCAAGGAUACCCUUUCCCGUCGCAGUUCAUUCCCGGCGGACGUUCCUCUGCAGGCCAAAGCCCGAGUAUGGCUUCCCCCGUUGGUUUCGGAAGCCAUCCGGCCAAGUACAAUGCCCGACAGUCGAUCUCGGUUCCAAUGGGUCACUCGCCCUUCCAAAUGGCAAACCAGCCUUCGCCAUUGGGCUGGCCCUCGCAGCACAGAACCGAUUCGCCUUCGUUGCUCAACGGAGUUCUAUCUCCCGUUUCGCCCUUCACCCCCGAGGGUUUCGCGCCGACCGGCAGCCCUGCGUUCAACGCACAUCAGCGCCAUCAGUCUCUGCAGUACCCCAUGAUGCCCCACCAGUUCAUGCAGCAACAGCAACCUGCGCGGGCAUCCCCACGCCUGCAGGAGGUGCGAGAAGAUGAGGAGGAAGUGGCCGAGGAAGCCCCCGCAAAGCCAUUGGAGUCCGCGCAGGUCAACGACGAUGACCUUCAGGCCGAGAUCGAUGAGGCCGAAUACCACUUGGAGGAGCAGAUGCGCAAUGAGUUAGAGCACGAGGACUACAGCCCGCACAACGAGGAGGCCGCCGCGGAGCAACUUGAGGACUUCUCCCAGCAGCAGACUCUGUCGCAUGUGAGAGACGCCUCCGUCCAGUUCCAGGCGGCACACCCGCCGUUGCAACAACAGCAAUUUGUUCAGCAACCCGGUGACGGUCCCGUUCUCCACCACCCGCGGCCUCACAGCCGUGGCCACUCACUGUCGCAGAACUUCUUUUCCCACCACGACGAGACGCGGCCUCGUGGCGACAGCUUGGCCGGAUGGCACGAGGUCGAUCCCAACCGAAUUGACGAGGCGGCAGAGAUCGAGACCAACCCUAGCAAUCUCGGCACGCCCGUGCAGGAUUUCAGCCUCACGACGCUCUUGCAGCAGCACCAGCGAUCGUUCUCCACGGCUAGCAACCCUUGGCAUGACGUCUCGUCGUCCAUGUCGAGCAACUCCGGCAUGCCGAGGAGACCCAGCCAUGCCAGCAAGCCAUCGCUGUCGAAACUCAACGUCAAGGCCCCCGAAUUCAAGUUCAACCCGGGCCACGAGUCGAAGUCCAGCUUCACCUUUGGAAGCGGCAGCAACAGCUUUCAGCCAUCUGUGUUCCAGGCGGGAGGCGGAUCCUUUGCAUCGUCUUCUGUUGUUUCACCGUCGGCAAACUCUUUUGGUGCACAGUCCAUCUCGUCCAAGAUCAAUGCCGCCGCCCCUGUCUUCUCUCCCGGCCAGAGCGACUUUAGCUUUUCUGCCUCUGGUCCGAAAUUCCGACCGGAUGCACCCGCCUUCACACCCUUUGGGAACGUUUCGGACUCCGUUACCAGCCCUGUGUCGGGCAGCGAAAGCGCUGGAAACCGCACCAGCUCCAUCUUCGGCAACAUCGAUCUGAGUCUGUCCGACGUUGUCAAGCCUCCCAAGAAGAACAAGGCGAUCCCCAUUGUCCCUCCGAGCAGCAGCAAUAAUAACAAGAAUGACGAAUCUCAAGACGAUCUCCCGGAUGACGCAGAUGGUCGCCUGAUCGACGAGUCCCGUAUCAAGAGAGCCAAGGCCACGAGAGGGGAUGGCGACGAUGUUCCUCUCUUUGCUGAACCAUCGCCUGAGCCCACCGCGAUGCAGUCUCUCCAACCUGUAGCAAAACGAGAGGAUCAAGAUGCUUCAGAGCACAGGUCGGGCGACGAGCAGGCUUUCACGCCAGCAGACACGACCAUGUCUUCCACGGUUGCUUCGGAGCAUCCUACCGAUUCCAAGGCUGUCACAGCGACCAGCCCCUCGGAUACUUCCCCUGACCAACAGCAACUGAAUUGGGCACCUUUCGAGUUUGAGUCAAAGGCGGAACUUCAGGACUUCAAUGACGCUGUGCCCUUUGGCAUCGACACCUACAAGAAGGGCCACAACAAGUCAUUGUCCGCCACCGCCAGGGCAUUCAUCCCCGGCGGCGGUUGGUCUGCGGCUGCCCCCGAGGCAGAGACGGAGGAGGACGAAGAGGACGAACGCGAUAGGGAAGACACUAUCGAGCCCGUCCUGCCCAGCACCGAGGCUCCGGCUCAGUCGUCACCUCCGCAUGAACCGUCUCCGAACGCGUCGACAUCUUCCAACUUCGCCGCCCCCAAGGGAUUGGGCGCUUCUCGAUUCGCCAGCCCGCCGAAAACUAAGGGUCUCUCGGCUUCUCGGUUCGCAGCGUCUCCUUCACCUGCUCGUGGACCCGGUGAAGAAGAGCUGGAAGAAGGGGAGAUCCUCGAGGACUAUGUCGUUUCCGAUAGCGAAGAAUACGCCGACGAGACCCAGGCGCACGACUUCUCUGGCAAGCAACCCGCCAAGAACGAGCCGACCUUCGAGGAGAUUGAUGCCAUCAUGAGCCAUCUCAACCAGAAUGACCCGACAUUUGGCGUGAACAAGGCCACUGCCGAGGCUGCCAGAUGGCACCAGCCCAGCCCCAACAGGCAGAUCCAGGUCGCUGGCGUCACCAACCUGUCGCCCUACAAGAUGCAAGCGGGCAGUCAGUACCGCAGCAGGACGUCCAGUCCUGUUCGUCAAUACCACGGCCUCCCGGUCGACAACUCGGCGGUGCCGAGCACAGAACUGGAUGACCCCUUCGUCGACCCCCGGAUGAGCGCGCAGUCAUUCAAUGCCCCCGUCACCCACUUGAACGGCGAAGAGAGCGCUGCGCACAGCGACUGGGAAGGGGCUUUCAGCGACGAGGAGCAGGCCAAGCUGGAGCAGCGCGUCCAGUUCUUCGACGGCCGUGUCAACGAAGCCGUCAGCGAUCUGCUCUCUGCUCGCCUCGGCCCCUUGGAGAAGGCACUUCUCUCCAUCAAGCAAUCCCUCCGGGGCGGCUCUAGGAGAGCAUCCUCUUCUGUCCGUCGCAGCGUUUCUGCAGACAUUCAGCACAGCGAUGCCGACGACGAGGACGAAGAGCCCGUGCCGCGCCGCUCGAUGAGCCCACGCCGCGACAAACGCAUGGAGCAGAUUCGUGCAGCCGUGCUCGACGCUUUUGCGGUACAGCAGCGCAGCACUCCUCCAGUGGCUUCCGCCGCCGCCCCUGCUGCCUCUGAUGACACCGCCAGCACUGCUGUUCUCAAGGCCUUGGAGGAUAUGAGAGAGCAGUUUGGCGCUUCUAUGCGCCUUGACUUCCGCGGCGAGGACCUACGCAACAUUGUCGAAGAAGCCGUCGAGAAGCGCAUGCCGACUCCAUCCCAGCAGUCGGCAGCUGGCCACGCCAAGGACGAGGCGGUCAACAACAAGCUGAGUGAGCUCCAGGCUAAGGUGAUCGAUCUUGAGGAGCGCCUCUACGUCGAGCGAACCCAGACGGAGAGGGAGGUCACCGAUCGCCGCGCUGCCGAAGACCUUGCGGCAGAGCUGGAGAGAAAGCUUCAGGCCGCCGAGACCCGCGUCGAAGUCGAAAUCAUGAACAGGAGCAUUUUCGACAACCGCAUCGGUGACCUCGAGGAGAAGCUCAGGCAUCAGGAGGAGAGAGCUCAGGCAGAGCUCGAUGGCCGCCGCGUCGCCGAAGAUAGGCUCUCCGAGGUCCAGCGCCUUCUCCGCAUUGCUACCGAAGAGGAGAACCGCCUCAGGGAAGAGGUUGAGGAGCGAGACCACAAGCUCAAGGCCUUUGAGCAGGCCGCUUCCGCGCAGACCAUGCGCAUGACCCUCAUGGAAGCCUCGCAGACGAGCGCCAAGCAGGCUCAGACUGAGCUCACCAACAAGAUCAACGCAAUGGAGGACGACCUGCGCGGUGCCCAUCAAGAAGCCAACCGCUGGCGGUCUGAGGCGGAGCGCGCCAUCGAGACUGCCCGCCGACAGCAAAUCGACAUUGAGGAGACCUCCAAUGAGAACAAACAAAUGCAGAAGUUUCUUGACACCCUCGGAACCCAGCUCCAGGAGAACGAGCGCGUCAGGGAAUCCUGGCGUGCCAAGUUUGUCUCCCUUCAGGAAGACAUGGCUCAAGCUGCUCGCGACAUCACGGAAGAGAAUGCUCGUCGCACCAAGCGCGAGCAGGCCCUGCUCGCGCGUCAAGAGGUCUUGGACGCUAAGCUCCAAGCCGAGGCCCGUACGCGUGAGCGUCUUGAGACGGAAAUUGAGCGACUGGAGCAUGGCGAGCGCCAGGGAAUGCGUGCUGUCAGCGAGUGUAAGCGCCUCGAGGGCCUGCUGGGCGAGAUGAAGACCGAGAACCACAAACUUCACCAGUCUGCAAUGCGCUACCAGAGCGAAUUCAAGGAGGCCAGGGAGUCUGGCAUCAACGAGGUCCAGCGAACACGCGUCUCUAUGCAGCGCGAGAUUGACGAAGCCAACCACCACGUCAACGUCGUCCGCGAGGAACUCGAGGAACAGAUUGUCAAGGUCAGAGCCGAGCUCGACCAGGUCAACAUGGACGUCGAGACUGCCAAGGCUCAGUCCGAGAUGAUGAUGGAGGAGGCACAGUCCAGCAAGACUGAGGCGAUCGCCGAGCUGAAGCGGAAACACCAGAACGAGCUUGAGGACUUCCAGACCCGUUGGGAGCGCCAGCUGAGCAACGCCGUCGAGGAUGGCCAGAAGACCGAGCAGCAUCUUCUCGAGCGUCUCAGCCUCUCGACAUCCAAGACGGAGCAUCUGCAAGACCGUAUCGCCCACCUGGAAGAGAAGCUCGAGAUCGCCAAGGAGGCUGCUCGUGCCGCCGCACAAGCCGCCAAGUCCGCAGGUGUCGAGGUACCUGCUCAACCCGCGGCCACCUCCCUGCCCAAGGCUUCCGCAACCGCCGCCGCCGCCGUCGUAUUGCCCAAGGCCAUGGACCUCCCCGAAAAGAUCUCGCCCCAAGCCCUGAGGGAGUCCAUUAUGGUGUUGCAGGAGCAGUUGCAGGCCCGCGAGCAGCGCAUCGAAGAGCUUGAGUCCACCGUCGACAAGCUCGACCCCGAGGCGCCGACGAAGAUUGCCAAGCGCGACGAUGAGAUCACUUGGUUGCGCGAGCUUCUUGCCGUGAGACACGGCGACCUGCAAGACAUCAUCCUCGCAGUCUCGGCUGAGGAUUUUGACAGGGAAACCGUCAAAGACGCUGCCAUUCGUCUCAAGGCUAACCUCCAGAUGGAGGAGCAGGAGCGCGAGCGUGCGAUGAACGGCGGAUCGGCCAUCAACCUGCCCAACAUUGCGCAGUCUCUUCGUGAGGCUGCUUCGCCCCGCGUUGCCCAAGCUGUCGGCCCCCUGGCUGCAGCGUGGGGUAACUGGCGAAAGUCCCAGCAGCCCAUCUUCGCGUCGGGCGGACGAAGUGGUCGGCCCUCGACGGCACGAUCUGCUUUCGGCAGCAACCACACUCCCUCCAGGUCCACGGCUUCGGCAUCCUUCAGCAACAACUCGAAUGGGCUGAUGACGCCACCCGCCUCCGGCCUUCGCCAGACCCUUCCUUCGAGCACGGAGGAACCCCAGCCGACGGCUUUCCAGACUACCGGCCGUCGGUACACGGCUCAGCAACUUCAGAACAGAACUCGAGGACCGUCAUUCACCGACGUGCCCUCGGAGCCUAUGCCCCUGAAGAGCCCACCUGCCCGCCGGCCAUCGAGUCGCUCCCAUCAACCUAUGACGCCCCCGAUGAUGCGGCCAAGCGCAUACGACUCGGACGCUCACCCGGGCGACUUUGACGACACAGACUUCUUUGAAGAUUAA